AUGUCUUCCAUCGUCAACAAGGUCAAGGACGCUCUCCACUCCGACAAGAAGCACGAGCAGCCCGAGGGCACCUCCGGCCCCCACGGCAGCCGCGCCGCCAACGCCGCCGACCCUCGCAUCGAUUCUGACCGCGACCACCGCGCCAACCCUGCCGGCACCACUGGCACCCACACCGGUACCCACACCGGCACCACUGGCUCCGGCUUGACAGGCAGCCACGGUACCACCGGCUCCGGCCUCACCGGUAGCCACGGCACAACCGGCACCACCUGCUACAACGACCCCGAUGGUGUCCACGGCCCCCACGGCGGACGCGUUGCCAACAAGGUCGACCCUCGCGUCGACUCUGACCGUGACCACCGCGGUGCCCCCGGCUCCGGCCUGACUGGCAGCCACGGCACCACUGGUUCCGGUUUGACCGGCUCUCACGGCACCACCGGCUCCGGUCUCACUGGUAGCCACGGCACCACCGGUACCCACACCGGCACAACUGGCUCCGGCUUGACCGGCAGCCACGGCACCACCGGCUCCGGCCUUACUGGUAGCCACGGCACCACCGGUACCCACAACACUCACGGCAAUUCCAGCUUGACCGGCAACCCCAACACGGGCGCCACCGGCGGCGUCUCCAACACCCACAACGCCGCUGGCCACGUCGGCUCCGCCGUUUCCGGCACCCACGGCACCGGCCCCGCCCCCAACACCGCCGGACCCCACAAGUCCGACGCCAUGAACAAGGUCGACCCCCGCGUCGACUCGGACCUCGACGGCUCCAAGACCGUCGGCGGCAACAAGACCUACGCCCAGGAUACCACCUCGGGUGUUGCCAAGGACCCUACCGACGCGGCUCAGGUCCCCCCCUCCGUCUUGGCCCAGCACAUUGGCGAGCCCCAGAUCGCCCACGGGGAUCACGGUCACGGACGCGCGAGGCGCAACAGCAAGGUGUCUCACCAGGAGACGCAUCGCGGAUUGUAA